GCUUCAUGUUCCCAAGUUCAAAAAUAUUGAAGCCGAAGAAAACAAAAGCUAAAAAGAAAAAGAAAAUCGUCUGAAACUGAAGGCAGCAGAAUGGGUGUACCAAAGACGACGGCGCGUGCGAUCUCACAAGAAGCAUUUAACGAUCUAGUCUUCGAAAACAUCAACGACCUUGAAAUGGACCCCACCGAAGCUCUUCAGGACGCCAUCCAAACUCUCACUCUCCAAGGCGUCGAUCUCUCAGGUAUUGUGACGUCGCUUCCCGGAGAGAGUAAUCCGGUGAUAGAGUGUUUAGAGAAGCUGAAACAGUUUGAGAAUGAAGAUAUUACAUUGGAUGAGAUUGUGGAAGUGUUUGAUAAACUUGUUGAGUUGUGUGGUGGUGAAGAUGGGAAUGGUAAUGCUGCUAUUGCAACGAAAAAUGGGGGUGUUGAGUUGGUUUGUGGUGUUUUUGAAAAGAUAAGGAGUAGUGAUGGAUCUCGAGUUGUUCUUGUUUCGGGUUUGAAUGCUCUGGCGUUGUUGCUUCAUGAUGUUCAAAGUACAGGAACGUUCCAGAACAGUAAUGGACCAAGGAUUAUAAUUGGUAUCAUAAAUGAUAACAAGCAAAAUAUAGAUGUCUUAAAUAGUAGCUUCCGUGUGGUGGCUUCAGCUGCGACUGGUGAUGAGAUUGUUAAGGAUUCAUUUAUGGAAUUGAAAGUUGAUGAGCUAAUUGUGGAGAUAAUGUCCGUACAUAAGAACCCUGGCAUUCAGAGUUUAUAUGAUGCUAUUCGUGUACUUUUGACGCCUGAUGAUAAUCGUGUUCUAGCUUCUCAAGUAUAUGGGUAUGCACGAAAAUUCGCUAAGAUUGGCAUUACAGAUGCCCUUGUGGAUUCUCUUCACACAGGACUUAGCUCACCUGACCUAGUUUCAGCAUGCAUUACUUUAAAGGCCACUGCAGUAAAUGAUGAAAUAUGUAAAUCCAUUGCUGAAAAAGGUGGUAUUGAUGUAGUCCUCAAAUGUAUAGAUGACAGUGGUGAACAAGGCAACACAGAUGUGGCCAAAGUUUGUUGCUCAUUACUUUCAAAGCUAGCAGGAAGUGACGCAAACAAAAGUGCAAUUGUCGGGAAAGGGGGUAUGGAUAAGCUAAUCAAACUUUCAGCCAGAUAUGCUGACGAUCCUACUGUUUUGCAAGAGAUCAUGUCUAUUAUUUCUGUACUUUCGCUAAGAUCCCCAGAAAAUGCAGCCCGUGCCAUUGAAGCUGGUGCUGGUGACCUUGCUAUUCAAGCCAUGCAGAAAUUUCCUGCAGCGCACCAAAUGCAAAGAAACUCCUGUCUUAUGAUCAGAAAUCUAGUAGCGAGAAACCCAGAGAACAGAACUAUUCUGCUUAAUAAUGGAAUUGAGAAACACAUAAGGAAAGCAAAGCAAACACAUGCCAACUGUAAGGAAGCUGCUACUGAUGCCUUGAGGGAUUUGGGGCUCGAUAGUUACAACUUGUAGCUGAUAAAAUUUUCAUCUCUGUUCUUUUUUCAUGUAACACCAUCGAGAUAUUACUAGCUUGGGGAAUGCUUCAAACACCAUAGAUGCAGGUGGAAAGAUAUCGUGAGUAUUGGAACACAACUUCCGAUGGCUAUGUAUAGCUAUAUUUUUGGAAUUUCAGUCGGAGGUUUAGCUCUAUAAGCUUUGUUACAGGUAGGGACCCCCCAUUGGAAAGAAUAGGUAAGUGGUGCUUAUGGUGUAGGCGAGCAAUAAUAAGCCCCUCUCUUUCCACUUAUGCUUAUUAAUUUUAAGAUAUAAUGAUAUGAAAUUAUUGACAGAUGUUAUAUGACCUAUGCGGUAACUUUUUGUGAGAUGCUCAAUUCUAAAGAUAUGAUGUUUAUCAAGUACCAUACACACGAGCGCACGCACACACGGGUGUUCUCUAUUGUGGAUACGUAGAGAUCACUUAAAUACUUAAAUAUGAUGUUCUCUAUUGUGGAUACUCUAAAGCUUAUGACAAGAUUGAAUGACCCUUUCUCAA